CGGAAAUAUUUUUGAGCAUUUCGAUUAAUGUUAAAACUUUGGAACUACUGACACAAAGUAUGUUUGCAGGCUCAACACUCGCAAAACGGUUUUUCUUUGUGCUUGUGUUGCUGUUGUUGGUAUACACAAAAUUUAUAUACACACGGACUAUUUCUUUUGGUAAAAUUGCCUUUGAAUCGUCCUGUGAACGCAAGACAUGGAUCUCAGCCAACGAGACAUGUGCUGAAAAAGGGGGAGUGCUGUACAGUGUGUCUGACCUGAAGCACCGCUAUGGGGGAUAUGUCAACAAACUGGCCAUUGAAGAACACGCGACGAUAUGGCUCGACAAGAAGAUACAAGAAAAUGAAACCGAGGCCUGUCCUGUUUUGUCCAAAGAACAUAUCCGCAUCGACAACAGCUGUGAAGAGAAACAUUACUUUGUCUGCCGUGUGACAUCUGAUGCUGAUUUCAUCUUCAAUGGAAAAAUUGCAGAUGUGCCAUACCAAGGGUGUAAUAGCGGUACUACUAAAGAGCCUUUCAGUGAAAUAAUACUUCAAAACAUUCCUACCACCAGACCACCCUCUUCAUAUCUCUCCUAUACUCACAGAACUAUACUCAUCUUUGUCGUGUGCUUUCUGGUGAUUGCGGCGGGUGUCGUGGCUGUCUGUUAUUUCAACCGAAUAGGAAAGAAGAUAGGGAUGUCAAGGAAACGACGACGACAUAGGCGGCACAGAUGUAGCCGAUGUUGAAGACAUGACUACACGAAGAAUGGAUGGUGGACAGAUUCAGUUAUGUGUUUUAAGACAUCAACAGACUGACUGUUCUACAUGCAGACGGCCAGUCACACAGAUAUGUUGCUGUGCACGGGUGGUCAGUACUCCUUAUGUACUGUAUUGGUUUCUGUGAUGUGUUUACACAUCACUUUCUUCGAAAUAGUGAAUAAUGUGAUGACUAUAUAUAUGAAGGACACCAGUCUCGCAAAUUCGUAUGUAAUGAGACCGAGUGUGAUAUUUUAUUUAUUACCCACGUAUUACCUGCAUAAAAUUGACAAAAUAG